AUGUUGGUCAAACUGGCCGUGGUGCUGCUGGUUUUGUCAGUGCUGGAGCAAGUGGUAGGAUCGGAUAAUAUUGAUAUCCAUGACAUCCUCCCAGAGAAGCCUGCGAGCCAGAAAGGACGCCUCUCCCUGCAGAAUACAGCUGAGAUCCAGCACUGCCUGGUGAGUGCAGGGGAUGUCGGCUGUGGUGUGUUUGAGUGCUUUGAGAAUAACUCCUGCGAGAUACGAGGGCUACAGGAAAUCUGCAUGACGUUCCUGCACAACGCUGGCAAAUUUGACUCUCAGGGGAAGUCCUUCAUCAAGGAUGCUCUGAAAUGUAUGGCGCAUGGGCUACGGCACAAGUUCAGCUGUAUCAGCAGGAAGUGUGUGUCCAUUAAAGAGAUGGUGUUUCAGCUCCAAAGAGAGUGCUACAUCAAACACAACCUGUGCUCUGCUGCUAAGGAUAAUGUGGCUGUCAUGGUGGAGAUGAUCCAUUUCCAAGAUCUCUUCCCUAAAGGCCCAUAUGUGGAGCUGGUGAAUAUUCUUCUGAGCUGCGGAGAGGAGGUGAAGGAGGCGUUGACACGGAGCGUCCGGCUACAGUGCGAGCAGAACUGGGGGGCUCUGUGCGACAGCCUGAGCCUCUGCUCCUCCCUCGCCCCGUCUCCCGCCGGCUCCGCCGCCGAACACCACCGCCGUCCCGUGCCCUCCCACCCUGAGCCGGAGAACCCUCGCCCUCCGCGGCAAGGUGACAAAGACAAACCCGCUAAGGCUGGCUUCAACACUCACCCACGCAAUCGCAGUCAGGGACCCCGCCGCCAGAGUCCAGAGGCCGGAGUCGUGGCUGAGCAGGAAGACCCCGAGGCCACCGACAUCCGGAGGUGAAAGCGCAGGAGACUGCCCCGACCUUUGACCCCCCCCACAGCAUUAAAAAACCACACUUGCAGACUUAUGCACACCUCAUCAGCCCCCCACCCCUCCACCCCCCCACCCCCCCCCCCACACACACACACACACACACACACACACACACAUAUUCCCAGACAGACUGAGCAGAAGGACACAAGCCCCAACUUUUCCUGUCCUUAUUCCACCCUCUCUAGUCAUUCCAGCAGUCCCACAUGGUACACUUGCAGGGUAAUUGUGGUGUAGCUUGUACUGUUAUGCCAGAUUGUAGGCCACAAUUAAAAAAAAAAAAAAUUAAAUAAUAAUUCUUAUUAUCAUGAUUAUUUCAGCUGUUAGGACUAUUUUGGCUCUAAUAUAGCAUUUCUCAAAUCAUACUUACUGUGCGAUUUGAUUAUAUUUGUAUUAUUUAUUUUAUUCUGUAUGCAAUGUUGAAGUAUCAAAAUGUACAUAGAAAUAUACUUAUCUAUAUUUAUAUAAACAUGUAUAAAUAUAGUUUCAAUAUGCAAUACUGAUAUGCUAUACAUGACAUAGUAUAUGGUGUGCUGUCUGUUCCCUUCACAGUAUUGCACCCAUCACAAAUUGGUCUGUAGAUAUGUAACAUACACAAUUUUUGUUUCAAAAUGGGAAUGUGUAUUAUAGAUACUUGAUGAUCAAAUACAAAUUGUACAGGUUUCAAGUCCAGUUCUGGCACAUAUGAAUUGUAGUGCAUGAUGGCCACAAAGCCAACAAACUUGUGCAUUCUUAAAGUGAAAAUCCACUCUAAAGAGGAUGCAAUUGUAAUACUAUGAAUAUGGACACUUAUUUCACACGUGUAUGUAUUGAUAAGUCUCUCAAAAAGCUAGAAAUAAGAGAGCCAAGACUGAUCUCUGAUGUCAUCGAGCACUGCUGUCUGGGCAGCAAUGAAAGGGAGACGAACAUGGACACGUGUUGUUUCCUGAGUUUGAGUGCAACUCUGACGUGAUGCAAAAAGUAUCACGUCGCUCUCGUUCAUUGUUAAUCAGAAGCUGUGUCUCAGUGACAUUACAGAUUCCUGUCAUGUUUAUAGCUUCAGGAGAUGUCAUUGUUCUUUUAAGAAAUGACCUGGCAAAAGUUAUACAUUCUCUAUGAGUUGGUUUUCCAUCUAACUGUUAGAUAUCGCUGAACUGCAGCAAAGAGAGGAUGUUCCAUCAAGUCCUCUCACACGUAAGAUCACACAAAUCAAGGUGCCUAAACUUGUAAUUGUCCACA